UCCCUGCGCUGCGCGGCUGCCGCCGUCCCCCUGGUUAUCUGGCACGGCAUGGGAGACAGUUGCUGCAAUCCACAAAGCAUGGGCUACAUUAAAAAAAUAGUGGAGAAUAAAAUCCCAGGGAUUUAUGUUCUGUCUCUCAAGAUUGGAAACAACCUGAUCCAGGAUAUGGAGAACAGCUUCUUUAUGAACGUGAACGAUCAAGUGAGGGAGGUGUGUGGCCAGCUCGCAAAGGACCCUCACCUGAAAGGCAGCUACAAUGCAAUGGGCUUCUCCCAAGGAGGCCAGUUCCUGAGGGCGGUGGCCCAGAGGUGUCCUUCUCCUCCCAUGCUCAAUUUGAUCUCCGUUGGAGGGCAGCACCAAGGUGUUUAUGGGUUUCCACGCUGUCCUGGUGAGAGCUCCCGUAUCUGUGACUGGAUCCGAAAGACGCUGGAUCUGGGCGCCUACACACAAGCUGUUCAAGAGCACUUGGUACAAGCACAGUACUGGCACGACCCUCUGAAGGAGGAGGACUACAGGAAGAACAGCAUCUUUUUGGCUGACAUAAAUCAGGAGAGGGGCAUCAAUGAGACGUACAAGAAAAACCUGAUGGCUCUGAAAAAGUUUGUGAUGGUGAAAUUUCUCAAUGAUACCAUGGUCGACCCUCCAAUCUCCGAGUGGUUUGGGUUUUACAAGAGUGGCCAAGCCAAGGAGACCAUCCCGCUCAAGGAGACCUCGCUGUACACAGAGGAUCGCCUGGGGCUGCAGGAGAUGGACAAAGCAGGAAAACUGGUGUUCCUAGGGGUGAAAGGGGAUCACCUGCACUUCUCAGAAGAGUGGUUUUACACCACCAUCCUCCCCUUCCUCCAGUGAAGCCAAGGGGAGGCACCCUGCAAGGGCACUGGGGAGGGUCUAUCACUGUAGUUAAUGCAGCUGCUACUGUGCAACAGCACUUUC